AUGAGGGCCUCAAGACAAAAUGCAAGGCACAAUGACCUCUGGGAAGAUUCCAAUGAUAUCCUUCGGGGCAUUAAUGGCACACGAGCGAUGCCAGCAUCGUCGCAUAGGGUUGACGCAUCUGCGGGGCUGCCACCACCAGAGAUAUGUCUCGACAGUUCGGCGCCACUUAUGGGAUUCCAAUUUGGUUCUGGAUUUGCAGUCCCCCCACACAAUGCGGCAUCAAUACUCGGCCCACUUUUUUCAAAUUACGAUUCGGCAUCGUCACCCCAAGCUCCGACUCUCGACCUAUCAAACUAUUCAGUGCCCCGGUUCUCGACAGAUCAAGAUGUUUGGACACCGUUGAAGGUGACUGGUGUACCGACCAUUAAUGGGCCUCUCAUGUGUCCACCUCGGGGGCCCAGCCACCAAGGGUAUGGACUCGACCGCAGAUUCUCCACAGGUCCUUACAGCACGCCAUCUGAGACCGAUAGUCAAUAUGCCAGUCUCCAUCCGUCCGAGUCGGGGUAUAGCACACAAAGCUGCACCACCCGCUCGGUAGCCGCAUCUUAUGCAAUCGACUCAGCCUGCAGUCCCUACUCUGCGCCAUUUGAAUCAGAACAGGAUGAGAGGCUAUCGAUGUUGGAUCUCAAUGCUACCUCUUAUGGCGAUCCCAUUGAUAUGUUGGAGCGGAUGCAAUCUCCAUCUCUCAUGGGUCCUGAUGCGAUCAAGUGCGACUUUUCGGAUUGUCAGUGGACCGGGAAAUGUCCGUCUGAUAAGCGUAAGCACGAUGCCAGACACAGGAAGUUGUUCAAAUGUGAUGAGCCAAAUUGCACUCGAAAGGAUGGCUUUGGGACCAUUAAUGACCUGGCGCGCCAUAAAAAAUGCGUUCAUAAACAAGAACCAGAGCGCGGACCUAAAGUGCUGUACAUGUGUUUUGGAAUCAAGUGCCCUCGCAAGAACAAGAAAUGGCCUCGCCUGGAUAACUUUCGUCAGCACCUUGCUCGGAUGCACAGCGACGAGGAUGCUGAAGACUUGCUGAAACAAUCCCAUGAGUGGUACGAAGACUGUGUCAAGCCGCAAAUGAUAGCAUUACCUUCUGUGAAUCGUCUGUCGGAAACCAGUAGCCCACAGAUGCAAGAGAUUACAGACGAGGCAGAUAGCAGAGCAGAAGAUUUUCCGAUGGCACCCUCUUGCGCGUACGCACGGGCUCGGAUGGAAGUGGACGGGAUGGCACCUGGCUCAGCAAGAGACGAACAACGGUGCUCAAGUCUCAACUAUACAAUUCCUGAAUCUGCACAGCCAACUCCAAGAUCCGUCGAGGGCCCAGCAGUGAACAAUUUCAACGCGAACGGGUCAUUAGACCCCAAAGUGACUUCCGCGGCUCCGCUAGAAAGUCCCCGAAGUGAGAAGAUGGAUGAGAUGGUAGCCGAUGCUGCCAUGAACUUGAUCAAUGCCAUGACUAAAUCAAUGAAUAUCUCACAACGGCGACAAAGUCAUCGAUCGGACGACACAGAAGAUACUUCUGAUUAUGAUGUCGGCCUAACCGAGCCAAGGCGUGAGAUAUUGCAAAAGAUCUUGAAGGCAGCUUUGGUCUUGCUAGAUAAAGGCUCGGAGUCAUCUCUGCCUCGGCCUCAACUUCCAAAGGAGGUCUCCUCCGCACACCCUAACCAGAAGAAGUGGAUUCAAUGUGAGUUCUGCACUAAGAAGACACGCUUACGAUGCGAGAUGAAGAAGCAUCAGAAGCGCCACGAACGCCCAUACAGUUGCACAUUCCCUCAAUGUAAUAAGACGUUUGGGAGCAAAGCGGACUGGAAGAGGCAUGAAAACUCACAGCACUUACACUCGGAAAGCUGGGGCUGUACACUACCGGAUGCUACGCAAGAGGGUCUCCCAUGCGCCCGCUUAUUCUACCGCCAAGAGACUUACAUCCAGCAUCUCAAAAAACAACAUGAAAUCGACGAAGAAGAUGAAAUCCGAGCAGCUCUUUCCGACAAUCAUGUUUGUCAGGACGGACGAGCAUCAUUUUGGUGCGGUUUCUGCCGGGAUGACGUUCCACUGAGCCAGGGACUUGUGGCAUGGACCGAACGCUUUAACCAUAUCGAUACGGAGCAUUACAAGAAGGGUGAGCGCAUUGAAGAUUGGGUCUUUCCGUCCGAUCAGCCCAAAAGCAGGUCAGAGCAAAGAGAAGGAAAUGAAACCAUUUCCAUCGACGCUGGGCGCGAAGUCGAGCCUGCCGUGGAUGAGCACAGCGAUGAAGAAUGCGCCCAUAGCGAUGUUCAUCCGGAGAGCGAAAAUCUAUGGUUACAUGAUGAUCAUAUGAUGCUGGAUGAUGCUGAGCCCGUCCGGAAACGACCCACGAAACAGUCCAGGGAGACCGUUCAGUCCACUUUGUCACAACCACAACUUUCGAACCGGUCCAGAGCCAUCAAGAAAAGAAAAUACUCGGUCCUUCAUCCGGCUCUCAACUCUGGCUCGGCUUAG